UUGGGUCUCUGAGACUUGCGCGGCGCUCGGACGACACUCUCACCUAUUCAGCCAGCGGCAGCCUGGGGCUCUCCUAGACCCAUGAGUUCGAGUGCAGUCCCAGUCAAGGGCCGCCCACUCAGCACGGCGGAGGGAUUCCUCUGUGGCGGCGCGGCGGCAUGCGUGGCGGUCACAUUCUCCAACCCGCCAGAAGUGGCAAAGACGCGGCUACAGCUGCAGGGCGAGCUAGCGAAGGAUGGUGGCGUGAAGGUGUACAAGCACACUCUGGACGUCUUGCAAAAGACGUGGAAGCACGAGGGGAUCAGGGGAAUCCAGAGAGGUCUCGGUCCUGCUUAUCUGUAUCAAAUCCUCCUUAACGGGUCUCGUCUCGGAUUUUACGAGCCGAUUCGACAAAAUGUCAACAAGCUACUCGGCUUCUCGCCAACAGAACAGCGGCCAUAUACCUCAAUAUUUGCUGGUGCCGCGAGUGGGGCGAUUGGUGCAUCCAUGGGCAAUCCUCUGUUCUUGAUCAAGGCGCGGUUGCAGGCAUAUUCACCCGCUCUGCCUGUCGGUACACAACACUACUACAAAAGCGCAUGGGAUGCGUUCACCACGAUCUUCCGGAGAGAGGGUCUGCGAGGCCUCGUCCGCGGUGUCGAUGCUGCCAUUCUACGCACGGCGAUGGGCUCGUCCGUUCAAUUGCCUUCUUACAACUGGACCAAGAACCAGCUUGUCUCGAACGGCAUUCUCCCCGCUGACAGUGUUUGGACGUACCUGGCGAGUAGUUCAGUGUCAGGCAUGUGUGUGCUCACAGCAAUGCAACCAGCUGACACCGCGUUGACUCGUGUAUACAACCAACCGACACGACAACUUCCGAACGGCAGGUUCGUCGGCACGCUGUACAAAAACCCUAUAGAUUGUCUAUGGAAGACGCUCAAGGCCGAGGGUCCGCUAGGGUGGUACAAAGGGUCUACGGCACACUUCUUCCGUAUAGCACCGCAUACGAUCAUCACGCUUACUGCGAACGACGUCAUUUUGGGGCUGUACAAGAAGUUCCGCGACAGGAACCUCGACUAACUUCUGUACUGUGGGGUUUCUUGCAUACAUUACGCACCCUGCCCACAGCACAUGCGGGUUUUCAUACAUCCAACUAAUGCCUGUAUCUCCGCUGCCGUCAGUAUUCACAAGUAGAUGUUCUGGCCG